CACCUUCGACAUGUGGGCACAACUCAGUACAAUUGCAAUGACAUUAGGCCUGCUCGGCCUAGUCGCGGCACAGCGCUACUUGGAGCAGUAUCCAGAGCCGCAAGGACGUGGCAGAGUGGACCACACCGCCUGCGGUCGCCCAGUGUGCGCCACCAAUGGCUAUUGCUAUCGCUCAUUCCAGAACAUUUGCUGCAUGAACACCUUCAAUUUGCAACUGCUCUUCGCUGGACAAAGGGAAUAUGUGGAAGCUGACAUGCAGCACUGUUUGCCAAAGCCAACUUGGUUCGACUACAACACACCCUACAGAGCUCGUCCGCUAGCCUCAUCCUCCCUCUACGCCUAUGCAGCCGCCUAUGAGUCGCCCUCUUCAUACGAGCUUGGUGCUGCACAGGCGACUGGCUCUCUGGCACCAUACCGUUCAGAGCCAUAUAAUCCCUAUCGCUUCUACAAAUCACAAGCACAGGACAUCUAUUCCCCGGCGAACGGGUAUGGGGAUAGAGCUGACUAUGCUAGCACGUGGGAUCGUUACAGUGGAAUGCAGGAAUACUUUACUCAGCAGCCUGCACCUACAACAUUUACUACAACAGAGUCCACAACAAUAGCACCCACAUCCAGUUCAACAGCUGCAGUCACAGUAGAAUCCACUACGCCAACGACAACAGUUGAAACAACAGCAACCACAGCAACCACAGCAUUCUCUGCGGCAGUAAACACACAAUCCCCAGUACCAACUACACCGACAUUCACAUUAGACUCAAACAUGGCAGUUACAACAGAAUCCACUUUACCAUCCACAACGAAUGCUAUAGCAAUUACGAGCACGACACCUUCAACGCAGUCCACACAGAUCACAACUGAGAAUUCGACAACAGUCUCAAGCACAACAGCAACCACACCAUUUAUUUCAUCUUCAAGUUCAACAACUAUAACACCAUCCACACAAGAGCCUGCUUUAGUAGGGGUGUUGAGUACAGCAGUUAAGGAAGAAUCAAUACAACCAUUGUCAACAAAUUCCACUGGAGAGUUGAAUUCUGCAGGUAUAACACAGUCCACAACAAAUCGUACCACAACAAAUAUACAAUCUCCAUCAAGAAACUUAAUAGCACAGCCAAGCACAGAUGCGCCUACAACACAAUCCACACUACCAUCCAGAACAGCACAAGAAACCACACGAUCCACACAGCUGCCCACAACUGCCAACUCCACGACACAGCCCACCACUAAACCCACCACAAUACUAUCCACAAUUUCAUCUACUAUAGCAUCUAACACAACAACAGUAUCAACAACACAAGCAAUCAUAUCAACCGCAGCGAACUCUACAUCCACAACAACGGAGUCCACUCCAUCUGCAACAACGACUACCCCACCACAGCCAACUACGGCAGCAUUUACAGCAUCAUCCACAACAGCAUCAACAGCAGCUGCUGAAAUAGAAGCAACACCUUUUACGACAGCCUCAACAAUAAACUCUACAGCACAGUCGAGUGCUCCCAUAGCCCCAAUAGCAGCCGCAGCGUUGAUAAUAGGAUCUACAAUGGAAUCCACCACAACAUCUACAACGCAAGAGUCAUCGUCUUUUUCAGCAACGAACUCCACUGCAGAGUCGAGCACGCCCACAUCCACAGCAGCAUCCACAACACCGUCCACAGCAGCAUCCACAGCAGCAUCCACAACAGCGUCCACAGCAGCAUCCACAGCAGCAUCCACAACAGCGUCCACAGCAGCAUCCACAGCAGCAUCCACACCAAAUUUGACAACAGCAUCACCAUUAGCAAUCACAACGGCACCCACAUUAAAUGCUUCUAUUGUAACACCUCAAUCCAGGCUUGCCUUUAGAGAUAACUCAGGACAGUUGAGUACAGCAGCAUCCACAACAGCAUCCACAAUAGCACCCACGACAGCAUCCACAACAGCAUCCACUCCAGCGUCUACAGUAGCAACAACACAAUUGGCAGCAAACUCCACAGCAGAGCCGAGCAGAGCAAAAGCUCCCACAACAGAAUCCACAACAGAAUCCACAACAGCAUCCACAGACGCCAGCAACGACAUGAAUGCCAACACUCUGGUCUCUCUGGUCUUUAGAGUGCCCGACAGCAGAGUCUUCAGACUGGCACUGGCCUCGCAGAUAACCCAUCCAAUAACUGGGCGUAAGACAUGCGCCGAUGCGACCAAUUUGGAGCUGAAAGUUAAGGGCAUAUCGGAAACGCUCAAGUUUACUGGAUGCCUCUUCAAUAACUCAGCCCGCUCUGAAUCGAAUGACGGCACCACGACAAGCCCAACGCCAAAUAGCAGCACACAUAAAUCGGUUAACUAUAAGCCUUAUGGUUACCUAUAUGGCUUUGCCUAUGGCCACGGUUAUGGAUCCGCUUAUGGACCCGGCCACGGAUCCGGUUAUGGACCCGGCUACGGAUCCGGUUAUGGACCCGGCUAUGCCAGCGGCUCCGCUUCGGCGCCUAAGCCCCACAGCUGGACUCAAUAUUAUCAUCGGCCCUAAUUUUACUGUACGACCUACCUCAAUAGUUCUCUACUACUUAUAUUGUAAAAUAAUCAAUAAGACUUUUUUUAUUCGUAUUCGUAUACCUUGCAUAUCUAUAGAGCUAUUCGCCAUAAAGGUAAAUAAAUUUUGAUACCCAAGCGAUUGCUGUGCGGCAA